CUGUAUUUAAGGUGGAAAAGAAUUAAUUAUAGAGCACUGGGAAUCGUCUAUUUGGAAUUUGGAACGACAAUACUCCCUAUUAACUACCCCGGAAUUCAAACCCUCUCACAUUGGCGUAGUCAUCUUCUUUUUCUCUUCUUCUCGGAACGGUCUAGCUGGAGGCAGCGGCACGAUUCAGGCUCUCUCCCUUUCGACAUAGCCUGAAGUGGUGACAACAAACGAGAGUUCAAUGGGAGGAACGAGUAUGGUGGCCGCAACGGUGGCAAUUGUUAAGAUGAUCGAUGAACCGUGGUGGUGGUGAUACAUUGUAUCAGAGGGCCGGUUGACAUUGGCUUGAAUCGGUUUCAAAUUUAUCUGCUACUCUGCUUGAACUCUAUUUCUUCGGACAAUAAUUAUUAAUAUAUACUUGAUCCGUCCCUAAGUGUUUGUCCACUUUUAACUUUUGGAACUGUUCAUCUAAGCACUUUGACUCAUCAAAUUCUCUCAAUGUCCCUGUUCUCAGAUCCCACACCACAAUGUCUAAGAUCUCCUUCCGACGGCAGGGACUUUGAAAUAGAUGAAUUGGUGGCGCUCGAGUCUCAGGUGCUCAAGCACAUGAUCGAGGGUGGCUGUUCGGGCACUUUUGUCCCGAUCCCGAACGUGAAUAGCAGGAUUCUCGCUAUGGUCAUUGAGUACUGCAAGAAACAUGCUGGUGCUGCGAAUUCUUGCGAUGUUGAUGCGCUAAAGACCUGGGAUGCUGAAUUCAUCAGUGUUGAUCUGCAAACCCUCUUCGAACUCGCCAAAGCUGCCCAAUAUCUUGACAUAAGGAGCUUGUUCGAUCUCAUUACUCUAACGGUAGCUAAGAUGAUCAAGGGCAAGUCACCCAAUGAGAUCAGUAGAAUAUUCAAAAUCAGGAGAGACAUCCCAUGGGCGGAAGAAGAUCAAACAAGGAAAGAGAAUUUAUGGGCAUUUCCAGGAUAAUGAUUUGAAGCCCCUUAUAUCUCUUAAUGGUAGAAUGAUGCUAUGUCAGUUGAAUAUCAUCUCAUCUAGUAGAUGCCUUAAAACUAAUCUUUAUUUGGUUUGGAAAUAAAUGACUGGCAUGCUAUUUCGGAACAUGUUGCUUUCCAAACACCCUUCGGAAGAAUCUGAAUCUUUGUUAUCAACCUAUCUUUUUCCAUAAUAUGAAUACUUCCUAAUUUUCAGUGUUA